AUGGCCGCCGGACUCGAAACCGAGCGAGCUCUCCUGCAGACCUUCCGCGACAGCUGGCGCACCAUCCAAAACGGGCAAGCGGCCAAUGCCAUCCUCGUUGCUGCCAACGAAAAGGCGCAGGCGGCCAUCACGGAACAGGCGCGGUGCCUCGCCAACAUUGAGCACCAGCUUGCGGUCUGUCGGGCAGCCGAACUGGCACGCCAACUCAACGAAGCAAAGGAACACUACCGCCAGCAGUGUCAGUCCGAGCGCACGGUGCAGAAGUUGCGCCGUCGCCGUGAUCGCGUGGUACGUGGCAUCAACGAGCACCUCCAGAGCGUGCGAACCACAGUGAGCGAGACAGAGGCCCAGCUGGCACAGGGGCGGGAGUUGCAGACAGUUCUCACUCGGCGUCUGCGUGAUGGCGAGGCCCGGCUGGAGCGUCUGUGCAGGGACUAUGACGUGGCCGACGCGAGCGAGCUCUCCAAGGUCCUCGCAGCGCAGCUCGCUCGGAUGGGCGUCGCAGACGUCGUGUGA